AUGCCCUCUUCAUUCACAUUGAUAUUUAUGCUUUUCUUUUUUCUGGAGUCUUUGGUUGCCAUGUUGCAGAAUGGAUUCAUGGUCACCGUGCUGGGCAGGGAGUGGGCACGAAGCCGGUCUCUGCCCAUUGGUGACAUGAUUGUGACUUGCCUGGCUGCCUCCCGGUUCUGCCUGCAUGGCAUGUCCAUCUUGAACAACCUGCUAACUUUCUUUGAUUUUUAUCCCCAAAUCAAUUCUUUCAACAUUGUCUGGGACUUUACAAACACUCUCACCUUCUGGCUCACAGCUUGCCUUGCUCUAUUCUAUUGUGUGAAGAUCUCCUCCUUCUCCCACCCCAUCUUCUUCUGGCUCAAGUGGAGGAUUUCUCGAUCGAUGCCCCGUCUGCUGCUGGGAUCUCUGAUCAUUUCUAGUCUGGGAAUGACCUCAUCUAUUGUUGGAAAUUUAUUUAUUUUGCAGAUAACUGCUCUCCAGACAUCCUGUGAAAAUGAUACCCUAGCUGAUAGACUACUGGCCACUCACCGACUCAUCUUUCUACCUCAUUUAGUGCUUAUAUUGUCUGUACCCUUCCUCUUUUUCCUGGUGUCAAUCCUCUUGCUCAUGUUCUCACUGCUCCGGCAUUUGGGGCAGAUGAGAGACUGCCAGCAAGGCCACCGAGACCCCAGUACAUUGGCACAUUCCAUGGCCCUGAAGUCGCUUGCCUUCUUCCUAGUCUUCUACACAUCAUACUUCGUGUCUAUUGUUCUUGCAAUCAUGAAAAUCAUAACCUUUCGAAAUGACUGGCACUGGGCUUGGGAAGUGCUAACUUAUACAGGUAUCUGUCUACACUCCAGCAUUCUGGUGCUCAGCAGUCCCAAGUUGAGAAAAGCCCUGAUCAUGAGGUUUUGGAAACCCUGUUGA